UGGCAAAAUAAACCCAUCAACUAAAUUUUGGGUCAAGAUGGGCAUUUAAAAUAACAGUUUGGGUUAUCUUGGGCCAUAAGUAAAUUGUUAGUAGGUCUAGAUGGGCCAAAGUACAUUAAACAAAAUCACAAGAUGGGUGAGGAUGGGUAAGACAUUAUCACCGAGCAGGUCAGGAUGGGUAAGACUAGGGUUUCUGUCUCGCUACUUCUUCUGUCUCGCUAAUCAACAAUCAAUCGCUCUUCUGUUCGCUACUUCAGUUAGGGUUCUUCUCUUGAACCCUUUUUUCUCCUUAAAUCUCACUCGAAUUUCUAGCUGGCAUUUUCUGAUCUCAGCUGACAUUAUCGUGAUUUUAAGCCCUAAACGCAGUUCAUCGGCUUCUUCUGUUACGAAAUAUUCCUUGACCACCAACGGCCACUGUGAAUUCAAUCAGAUUAUUACUUGGACCAUCAACACUUUUAUCAUCGGAGAUAUGAGAGAUAUUAGCGAUUAUGAGUUGUCUCAUCAUGUUCGUGAAGCACUAAUAUCUGCUACGUUGGGUGAUACGAUUGAAUACGAUCAACUCAUUGGAAUAAUGCAUCACAACGUGCGCCUAGAUCCUGAAGAGGUGGCGAUGCUCGUGACAGUCCUAAGGGCCUUAUCUGGAGCAGUUUCUUACAUCGACAUUCUGCACCAUCGCUCUCUUCUUUCUUCUAUAUGCGGAAUGCGCUUGUGGAACUAUGGGCCAGAUGUGAUGGACGCAUUGGUGGAGUUAGUAGUAACUUUGGCUGGAUCAAACGGAAAAUACGUUGAUUUGUGUUUGGACAUGCUCGUAAGCAACUUUAUACCACCUUACAAUUUUCUAGAGAUAUUAAAGCAGCCACGUGGAUUAGCAAAAAAGGACCAAGUACUUAUGCGUGUACAUUCAGCAUUGAAGGGAAUUGCUGACGUAGUGCCGCUAGCACCUUCUAGAUUGGAACAGAUUGUCAGGGAGAGAGUGCCACGUGUAUACGAUAACGAAGCUCAAACAGUUGUGUAUGUGGAGAACAUGCUAAUGUUGGAGAGUGGUGAUAUGGGAGAGUUUGUUGGCAACUCUAUGAUAUUUGAGUUGAUGAAUAGGCUAAUAGACCUUGAUGUGGAGAUAGUAUGGGAGGAAGUUUUGCAUGAUGAUCCAAAUAGUAAAGGCGUUUUCGUGAUGGAGCUAGAAGAUUUGGCACGUCCCGUAGAUGAAACAGAGAUGGAUAUGGAUGAGCCUCAAAAAGAAUAUUCUGGCCGAAAAGUUCUUUGGGGAAACGUAGUAGCUCAGAAGUUGGAUACAUUGAUGGAUCUCACCUUUGACCACCUUCAAUCCUGUUUCAAAAGCGGUCGCUUGCUUGAGGUAUUCGAGGCACUUCUCCAAUCAUUUCAAAGUACUGUGUUGUAUGCAGAGAAGUCAAAGUUCGCGCAGUUUGUAAUGUUCUUUGCGUGUUCACUUGACCCUGAAGAUUGUGGGACACAGUUUGUAAGUAGACUUCUUGAAAUAUUUGGAAGCACCGUUUAUUCUCAAGAUCGGAGAACAAGUGCUGUUUUUUAUCUAGCUAGUUACCUGUCUCGAGCAAAAUUCUUGUCUACUUCAUAUGUGACAAUCAUAUUGCAAAGCUUGGUGGAUUGGUGUUAUAAAUAUGGCAAAAACCAGAGUGGUCAAAUUAAUCAAACACAUCAUCGAGUUUAUUAUGCCGGGUGCCAGGCCGUCAUGUAUGUGCUUUGUUUUCGUAUGAGAUCGAUUUUGGCAACUCCUGAACUCAAAACACAGCUGCUGAAUAUGCCGUUAGAGCAAAUUUUCAAGCAUGCCUUAAACCCGUUAGAGGUGUGCUUACCAUCAAUAGUAGAGGAAUUUUUGUGUCAAGCGAAACCAGCCCAUCUGUUUACCGUAUCAAAUGAUGUAUUUGGAUCAGCUAUAUCGCGGGCUUUUGGUGGUUUUUGUAGGCUUGACGUCUUCUUCCCCUUUGAUCCAUAUUUAUUGAAGAAGUCUGACAGAUUCAUCCGACCGAACUUUAUAUACUGGUCAAUGGUGAGAACUACUUAUGAUGACGAGGAUGAGGAUGAGGAUGAGGAUGAGGAUGAGGAUGAGGAUGAGGAUGAGGAUGGGGAUGGGGAUGGGGAUGAGGAUGAGGACGAGAAGUUUGGAAAUAAAAAAGAUAGGAAAAUGCAAAUGCCUUCUAGAAUCAGACCCUCUACUAGUCCAGAAUCCUUGUGAUUCCCAGGUGUGUGUGGAGGAAAUGACAUUAUUACCCAUGGAAGAGGAAGAUGGUGAUUGCAGCAGCAGUGGCAAAUGGCAAUAUUGUUUAUAACUAACCUUGUUUUAGUUGAAACAGAACGUUAAAACAUUUUGUAGGAAAUACUGUUAGUUCAUUUGGAAGAUAACAGUUAGACCAUUUGACACACGCAUUUUAAAUAUAUACAUAUGAAAACGUCCUAAACGGCUAAACGUAUAAAA